UUAUUUUCCAAUAACCCCAAAGAAAGUCAAAAGUCAAGUGUACUCCAUUAAUCUCCCCAAUUUAACUGAAAAAUCCUCAAUUCCAAUUGCCCAGAUCAAAAUCUCUGAUCAACAAUGGCUACCAAAGCGGAAGCCAUGGGAGGAGCAAAACCUCAAGAUUCCAAAUCUACAGAUCCAUUAUUCAACAAAUCAACCUUCAACUUCUCUUUCAGCUCCCUAAAAUUGAAAACCAAACAACAAGAAUUUCUUAUUAGGGUUACCAUCCUCUCCCUCGUUUACAUCCUCGCUUUCAGCACUCGUCUUUUCAGUGUUCUUCGUUAUGAGAGUAUGAUCCAUGAAUUUGAUCCUUAUUUCAAUUAUCGCACUACCCUUUUCCUCACUGAAAAAGGGUUUUACGAAUUUUGGAAUUGGUUUGAUUCAGAAAGUUGGUAUCCUUUAGGAAGAAUCAUUGGGGGUACUCUUUACCCAGGUCUUAUGGUAACUGCUGCAUUGAUCUAUUGGGGUCUUAGAUUUCUUAGAUUUGCAGUUCAUAUUCGUGAGGUUUGUGUUUUAACUGCUCCUUUUUUCGCUUCGAAUACUACAUUAGUUGCUUAUUUCUUCGGUAAAGAGAUCUGGGAUACUGGAGCUGGUCUUGUUGCCGCAGCAUUGAUAGCUAUUUGUCCUGGUUAUAUAUCUAGAUCAGUUGCUGGGUCUUAUGAUAAUGAAGGGGUUGCCAUUUUUGCUUUGUUGCUUACAUUUUAUCUGUUUGUUAAGGCUGUUAAUACCGGUUCGCUUGCUUGGGCUUUGGCCUCAGCUUUUGGGUACUUUUAUAUGGUUUCAGCUUGGGGAGGUUAUGUUUUUAUCAUCAAUUUGAUCCCAUUGUAUGUGCUUGUGCUUUUGGUAACCGGGCGGUAUUCAAUGAGGCUUUAUGUUGCUUAUAAUUGUAUGUAUGUGGUGGGAAUGUUGCUGGCUAUGCAAAUUCGAUUUGUUGGGUUUCAACAUGUGCAAUCUGGUGAACAUAUGGCGGCUAUGGGAGUGUUUUUCUUGAUACAGGUGUUUUACUUUUUGGAUUGGGUGAAGCACCUUUUAAGUGAUACAAAGCUGUUCCAGAUGUUUUUGAGGAUAACGGUUACCUCAGCAAUUAGUUUGGGCGUUGUUGUAUUGGGAGUGGGCAGUGCAUCAGGCUAUAUCUCCCCAUGGACAGGACGAUUUUACUCUCUCUUGGAUCCAACUUACGCUAAAGAUCAUAUCCCGAUAAUUGCUUCUGUCUCUGAGCAUCAACCUACAGCUUGGUCAUCAUUUAUGUUUGAUUUCCAUAUUCUGCUUUUCCUUUUCCCAGCAGGUCUAUAUUUUUGCUUCAAGAGGUUGUCAGAUGCCACCAUAUUUAUUGUUAUGUACGGCUUGACCAGCAUGUAUUUUGCUGGUGUUAUGGUUCGUUUGAUCCUAGUUGCCACCCCUGCAGUUUGCCUUAUAAGUGCUAUUGCUGUUUCUGCAACUAUUAAGAAUUUGACUUUAUUGUUGAGGUCAAAAAGCAAGGUCCACUCUGGCUCUGUUAAAGGAAGUGCUAGUGGCAAGGCUUCCUCAAAGGCUUCUGUUGAUCAGUCAUUACCUUCUCAAAGGAAUGUCGCUAUUGGAUUGCUUCUUGGUGCAUUCUACUUGCUCAGCAGAUAUGUUAUCCACUGUACGUGGGUUACAUCCGAGGCUUAUUCAUCCCCAUCAAUAGUUUUAGCUGCGAGGGGUGCACAUGGGAACCGAGUUAUCUUUGAUGAUUACCGUGAGGCGUACUACUGGCUCCGACAAAAUACUCCUGCUGAUGCAAAAGUGAUGUCAUGGUGGGACUAUGGUUACCAGAUCACAGCCAUGGGAAACAGGACAGUCAUUGUAGAUAAUAACACCUGGAACAACACACACAUUGCUACAGUUGGACGAGCAAUGUCAUCUUAUGAAGAUGAAGCAUACGAAAUUAUGCAGUCACUUGAUGUGGAUUACGUAUUAGUCGUAUUUGGCGGUGUAACUGGCUAUUCCUCUGAUGAUAUUAACAAAUUUUUGUGGAUGGUAAGAAUUGGUGGUGGAGUUUUCCCUGUCAUCAAAGAGCCUGAUUAUCUUGUCAACGGAGAGUACCGUGUUGACAAAGGCGCAGCUCCUAAGAUGUUAAAUUGUCUCAUGUACAAAUUAUGCUACUACCGGUUUGGAGAGCUGCGCACAGAAUAUGGCAAGCCUACUGGAUAUGAUCGUGCUAGAGGUGUAGAAAUCGGAAACAAGGAUGUGAAACUCGAGUAUUUGGAAGAAGCAUUUACAACAUCAAAUUGGAUAGUUCGGAUAUACAAAGUCAAACCACCUAAAAAUAGGUGGUAAGUUUCAUCAACAGAAGAAAUAACCUUGUGUUGAACAAGGGAGAUAGAUGUUAUGAUAAGUUAAGAAUUAUUUUUGUGACUUUGGAAUUUUGAUGAUGAGGUAGGAACAGCUUUGUUUUGCUUAGUCUAGUUUUGCUACAAUGACAGGUUUUUGGUUAGGUAUUUUUGAUAAAAAAAAACUAUGGUACCCUACUCGGCUCGCUUGCAUUUGCAAUAUGGCUUUUGUGAUCAUCUUUUAAACCCCAUUAAUGAUCGUCAUAGUCUCACUGGAUGAUAAUUUAAUAUUCA